ACGCCAGAGCUCAUCGAACUUUUCCGAUCAAUACGCGAAUCAGCCCUCCAGGAUGCCUCACCAGGAGACACGCCCGCAGAUGCAGAGAGCUGGCGGCUCUUCAGGGACAAAUGCUCCCCAUGGCUAUCCCGGCGGGGCACAUAACCCCUACGGUUAUCACCAAGCUCCUCCUGGAGCGGCCUGGAUGGGUGCCGUUUCGCCUCCUGCACAGCAUCCCCCUAUAGGUUCUCCAUAUAUGCCGGCUGGCCCAUAUAUCGGUGCCGGGGGACCCCCUGCAACUCCUUACCACGGUCAUGCUCAGCAAUCUUUGGCCAUCCCCCCUGCUGGAGGGGGCUGGGCGGGUGCUCUUGUGCCAGCGGGAGCUAUGGUCCCUUACCAGCAGCCCCAGGUGGCCAAAUUAGCGCGACCGAAAGAAGAGGAAAUCAUCGCCAUUGAUAGAUGGGAACCUGGACCCGAUUAUGGUAUUGUGCUUGACAGCCUCAAGUUCAAUAUUCUGAAACCUUCUGUUGCGGUUCAUGCUUUGCUGGGACCAACACCCGAUACUCCGACGCAUGCAACUCUCGUUUUUGAUUUGCUUUGGCCCACCAACAGGAUCCAUCUUUCUACCGAACAUCGGUCUCGGUCUUGGAUGAAUGGUCGGAGCGAUCCCGCUACCUUCCCCAACGAAGCUGGCGUCACAUGCGGCGAUGUUACUCAGAAGUUGUACAACUUCAUGAUGCAACGCAUUGACAAGUCCGAAUAUGCCCAAUUGUCGGACGAGGAGAAACACGAAAUCGUCGCCACCUAUCGGUGGAAUCGGAGCACCGAUGUUAAUGCGCCGGGUGGCGCCUAUUUGUCGGAGGGUAUUGUAAGGGUUGACUUUCUCGGAAAACGAACUCGCUUCGCGGGCAUGGUCCGCGAUGACAAGUUCGUCGAAGACAAACUUGGUACUGUCACUGGUGCCACUUUCGUCGUGAUCUUGGCUGAGCGAUAGAUACUUGUGCUCUCAACCUAUUUAUGUGCUCGGGUCCGUCUGAGCGCAUACAUUACACGCGCAUCUGCGGAAAACACCCUCAAGGACUUAUAUUUGCUUCUCGAGACUGCCUAAUAAAAAAAACUGCUGCUUUGUCCGCGUCAUCCCCUAAUUUUAAUUGUAGAAUGCCAUAGUAUGUUGUCCCUCGUAUAAAUGAUUGUCUGGAUUCGUUUCCUACUUAUUGACUGCAACUUCAAGAAUACAGAAGGUGUUUCAUGAUGUAUUCCUGCUGACCCUGUUGAUGGUCAUUUGUAUCAAGGCAAUCAUCAAUGAAUGCGCUACCUAGGUUCGGG